UAUCUCUGUUAUCUAUCUUAUGAUAACAGAAGAAUUCAGUGGCAACUUCUUCAGAAAAAGUUACAGUGUCCGAUUAGUGGGAGUGUCCGAUAACGGAGAGAUUACUCUAAUUUUCUUAAUUAGGAAACAACUCACAUGCUGUGAGACCCCACCCACCUCACAAUGGAGAGGAUUUACAGGAGAAACCUUUUGACUCAGCAGGUCUGGUUUAAACUACAGUGGAUCCUACAAAAGAGCAAAGGUCUCAGGAAGAGAUUAAUAAUUAUGCUAGCCUUUGAUGUACUAAUGGGUCUGGUCCUGUUGGACUAUACUGGCCUGGAGCCUGUGUUAAUAAUGCGUGGGUGGUUAACCCUAUACAUGAAAACCCUAUUCCAUUGGACGUAUGCUUCAUUGGAAUGGAUCACUAGUGUACCGAUUGGAUUGAAACUUAAUAACGAACUACUCACAUUCAUUGUCAAUAGGUUCACAUACAUUCUUCAAUUGUGGGAGGAAUUUUAUUUAUUCUUCUCUACCCAGUACUUGAAAACUGUUCUUGAGUGUUUGCUGUACUUACGGUUCCUUGGUCUCUCGAUAUUCCUGGCCUGCUUUCAUGAUCUCCUCAAGUUUCUCAACCUUUAUUUAAUUAGCUAUUACAUUAUUGUGUGGCGGCUACUUCAGUUACAGACCUCAGGGUUGGUUAGCCUCUGGAGGUUGUUUAAAGGUCAAAAGUUCAAUCCACUAAGGGAGCGAGUAGACUCCUGUAAUUAUGACACUAAUCAGUUACUAUUGGGGACCCUCCUAUUCACUAUUCUCCUUUUCUUGUAUCCAACAACACUGGUUCUUUAUGGAGUGUUACUUAGUCUGAGGUGUGUACAAUUUGUUGUUCAAUUAUUAAUACGUUCAUUAAUCGUGCUAAUCAACAAGGCCAGUGUACUAAUAUUGAGACAUUCAAUGUCUAAUCAACUUGUCAUUGAUAUCUCUAAAGCAUCUUUUCAAAUUAUUGGAGAAGGCAAAGUUCAAGUUUUAUGUGUGAUUGAGGGCAAAUACUUCAAUAAUUUACAUGAACUGGAGCUACUUCUCAAGGAAACUGAUACCAAAGACAUUAGUGAACCAGUACCAGUGGCAAAGGAACAUAAACUUGUGAACUGGUUUGAUACUAGUGGUUUCUAAAAGCAUUAUA